UUCAUUCGGCAGGUGAGUUGUUACACACUCCUUAGCGGAUUCCGACUUCCAUGGCCACCGUCCUGCUGUCUAGAUGAACUAACACCUUUUGUGGUGUCUGAUGAGCGUGUAUUCCGGCACCUUAACCUCGCGUUCGGUUCAUCCCGCAUCGCCAGUUCUGCUUACCAAAAAUGGCCCACUAGAAACUCUCAAUCGCCGAGCGGUCCAAUCAAGAGACGGCUCGUUCUUACAUAUUUAAAGUUUGAGAAUAGGUUAAGGUUGUUUCAACCCCAAGGCCUCUAA